ACUUCGGCUCCUGAUCAACUCCAGCUUUCGUCGGUGAAAUUUCCUUUUAUCUGCGUAGUUUACUCUUGUGCUCUCUGUAUGAAAUGUCUGACAACGUAAAGACUGAAAGCCAAAACCACGAUCUCGACAAUGAUACCGAAAUUAAGGGCACCUACGUUAUUAAACGCAGUAAGUUAUGAGUUUCGUUGCAGAAGCAAGCACGAUUGAUGACCGCCAUGUUGUCACAUGCACAUGCUUUGCAGUGAUCGAUUUUGAUGAAAUUACUUUUCUUUCUUACAGAUAAGAAGAAGGAGCUUAUAAAAGUGGGUAAAAUCUCCGCAAGGCUUGAAAAUUUGUCUUAUUCCCUUAACAAUGAAUAUCUCGAUCAGGUAAGCUUGUAUUGUUCAGUUGUACGUUCUUUGGCGCCAAAAUUUUGAACGAGUCGAAGACAAAUCACGACCAUUAAGCUUACCUUACCUAAGCAUUCCGUCGAUAUAUACAUAUGUUGUUCUUUCGUCAUUUUUCAGCUCAGUGUUCAACCCAAAAGCACCAAAUAUUUUAUUUAUUAUUAUCGCUUUUCUCGUCGGGAAAACCGUUAACGAUUUUCGCGCCCUAGCUUAGACAAAGCUUACUGGAACACGAAAAUAUGACGCCAGUAACCUUCGCGAAUUUUCCUGGAUACCAAAUUAGCAUCUACAUAUACUAAGCUUCGAUAAACAUCGCUCCCACGGUUACCAUCGCGAAGACUUCAAUCGAUCGGUUGGUGUUUGCAAAUUCCUUUUCUCGAGACUGGCGCGAAACUUACCACAGUUUGCAUAAAACCCGCUCACUUACCCCUCUUCAUUGACAUAUAUAAUCUUGUGAAGUAAAUAUGAAACCGUUUCACUUCUAAAAAUUUGAUAAAAAUUGCAAAUCUCAUAAAAUUGAAAACAUUUGAAAAAGGGAUAAAAACAUGUGAAAAAUGCAGCUGAAGCGAAUACGCCAUAUAGGGUUUCAUCCACGGACUGAAAAGUUAGAGCAACUAUCUAAAUAAAUAGUACAAUGUGAAAGCACUGCUGAAGAGAUGUCAAUUGAAUGGUGACAUCAGAGCAUUUCAUCCACAGACUUAACGUUUGAACUACAUACUUAGUAAGUUAAUAGUACCAAGUAAUGCAUCAGUCAAAUCCAACAGGCCUCUUAUUUUAAUUGUGUUUACAAGUGAUUAAGCAUGCAGUUUUUUUAUUCUUUAGUUUACUAUUGUCAAGAGAGUUAUUGAAGGAAUUUACCCUGGAGUCCACACGACUGAACUUGAUACCCUGGCAGCAGAAACUUCUGCAUCAAUGACUACCAAGCAUCCAGAUUAUGCUAUUCUUGCAGCCAGGAUUGAAGUUUCUAAUCUUCACAAGGAAACGAAGAAGCAGUUUAGUGGUAAGUAGCAUAUAUAAAUAUUCAAGAAUAACUGAUAAAAUAUAGAAAACGGUAUAUUUUGGGGCCAAUAUGCAAUGGGACAUCUUGACUGGUUCCAGUGUUUUCCCUAAAUUUUAGCUCGGGAGGUAAGGGGUCAUUCUUGACUGGUUAGGCCAAAAGAUAUGCACUGCUGGCGGGGGGGGUGGUGCUUUGCAUUCAAGAAGGCUUUUCUUUUUUAGCAUCCUGUCAACCAAUUGACUGAAAAGUAUUUUAAACACCUCAAAACAAAGAAUUUUACAGAUGAAGGGUGCCUUUGCCAGUACGGUCAAUUUAGUAACACAAAUCGUGAACUUUUCCUGCUGAUCGAGAUAGUCUAGAAUUAGGGUAGAAGCCCACAAAAAUAUUGUUAGCCGGCAGUGCUUCAAAAGAUCAUUUAAAUAAAGUAAUGAGAGAGAAUAGCUACAUGUACUUUUUGUUUUCCGUAUUUAUUUCGUUGUAAGGAUUGGCUUGGAUCUCAACUUGCUAUUUUUUUUAAACAACAUUUUAAUUGCAGUAAUACUUCAAGCAUUUGUGGGUGGUGAGAAGUGUUGCUUCAAGCUGUAAAUUUACCGGUUACCACCUGACAAGGAGAGCACUGUGGCUCCCAUCUGUCAUUUCUUUUAUUUCUUAUUUAUUGCUAUUAAAAGUUUCUUCUCUGUUUUGCUAAUUAAAUCCUUUGAAACUUUGCAGAGGUUAUGACAGAUUUGUACAACUAUGUCAACCCUAAGAAUGGCAGACAUUCUCCUUUAAUUUCAAAGGAAACCUAUGACAUUAUCAUGGCAAAUGCUGAUGUGAGUGGAAAGAAGACAGUCAUUUUAAGGCUAUGUUUACACUAUACUGGACAAAAGUCCUUGGGAUAGUACUGCAUUAUUCAUAUUUUUCUGUUAUUUCUCGGUUCCCUCUUAAAACAGUGCAUCAUUUUCAAAGUUUUCUUGCAGUUGUCCCUCCCCAGUAUUGUGCCCUUGCUGCUCAUACACUUAUUCCAAUUAAGGUUGCUCCUGUGAAGCAUGGUGCAUGGUCUAUGUUUCCUAGCCUGCGGUGCACCAUGGUAGUUCUUUUAGUAGCAGGAAGUUCAGUCCUGUUCACGUUAAUUGGAAUAGUGGAAACCAUUUAAAAAUUUGUUUGUUUGAUCAACUUUGUCUGGGUGGCCCUGGUUACAGUAGGGGCACUGAAAAUAUCAAUGCUGUUUAUUAUGAGAAAAUAUGGUACCUGUGAGUUCUUGCUUUGUAGUAGUAACUAAUUAAGGUGAAAGAUGGGGUAUGGCUGUUAAUCGAAGUACCUUUUUUUUUUCUUUUCAGGUUCUUGACUCUGAAAUUAUAUAUGCCCGUGAUUACGACUACAACUACUUUGGUUUUAAGGUAUGUAUAAUUUAUUACUGCAUAAGUUUGAGUCUGAUAUAACAAAUCAUUGUGCAGAUUGACGAGCACAGCCUUGUAUGUCUGUAUAGUACAGCUGAAUAUCUAUACAAAUGCAAUGGAAGAAAAGUUGUAACUUCGAGUUUAACUCACCAACUGAUCAUAUCAUACAGUUUACAUGUACCUACAUACAUGUAUUUGCAGACUUUAAUGAGGUCAUACCUGCUGAAGAUAGAUGGAAAAGUUGCUGAGCGACCCCAGCACAUGCUGAUGCGAGUUGCAAUUGGCAUUCACCAGAAUGAUAUCAAAGCUGCCUGUGAAACAUACCGUUUGAUGUCAGAAAAGUGGUUCACUCAUGCCUCUCCAACAUUGUUCAAUGCUGGCACAUGUAAACCACAGAUGUCCAGUUGCUUCCUGUUGACCAUGUCAGAUGACAGUAUUGAUGGAAUUUAUGAAACUCUAUCAACCUGUGCUAAAAUUUCCAAAGCAGCUGGUGGAAUUGGUUUAAAUGUACACAACAUACGGGCUUCAGGGAGUUACAUUGCAGGGGUAAGGUGUUGAUUUUUGGACCUCACGGCCUUUCACUUGUAAGAGUAUCAAAAUUAUAGUAAUAUAAUAUUAUGUAAACAUCAAAACUUGGACAUAAAAUUUAAUAUGUCCACUAUGUAAGAUGUUUCCUAUGAAUGGUUGCACCACAAAAUUUUGUUGGUGCACUAAAAAAUUGGAACUUUCUCAACAAUUAUAUGAUUUACAGUCGAACCUCCUUAAAUGGUCACCUGUCUAUAACAGCCACAAAAAUUCCAUACAUUGACUUUUGUUUAAAACCUCUUAACAACACCCACUUUCUUCUGUCUCCAAGGUGGCUGUUGUAGAGAUGAUGAUGAUGAUGAUUAUUAUUAUUAAUUUUACUGUAAGCAUAUUUGUGAGUAACUUGCUGAAUGUUUCGUGCUGUACAAGCAUCUUACUUAUGAUCAUUCUAUCAGUGACACUGAUAUACAAUGAUCUAAACUUUAGGUACUUGUAGUUUUUUUUGUUGGUAUACAAGGUUAAUCUAAGUUGACAAGAGAAGAGUUAAUCAUUGCUGAAAUUGAAUGUGUAGAGGUAGUUUAGCCAGCACACCUUUGUGACGUUCAUUUUCUUAUAUGAUGUACAUGUGUCUUGUUUUGUCUUGUCUUACCCAGACCAAUGGAACUUCAAAUGGUCUUGUUCCCAUGCUGCGAGUUUUUAACGCUACUGCAAGAUAUGUGGACCAAGGAGGAAACAAGCGUCCGGGAGCCUUUGCGAUAUAUUUGGAGCCUUGGCACCCCGAUAUCUUUGAUUUUUUGGAUUUAAAAAAGAACACUGGCAAAGAGGAACAGGUACUUGUAAUUUGAUUACUUAGAAAUCAGUUAAUCAAAUGGUGAUGAGUGAAAUCAGCAGUGUUCUCACCAGGCCGCGGCCUUGUGGGAUUCCCGCAAGAAAAAACUGAAAUGGCGCAUUAAAACCAAGAAGAUGCGCCCUAACGGGCGCAGGGGCAAGCUACGAGUCAAACGGACUUAAGUAGUUUUAAUGGUCACCCUAACACUAAAGCAUUCUGUUUGUCUGAAUAAAUAAAAAAACAUGAUAUCAAAUGAGUCAGUCUUUAAUUUUGUUGCCUUUACUUUCAUUGGUCCCACGCACGUCCCACUACAUCGUUAACUCCUCCUCCGAAUCGUAAACACCUCUUCCGCCAUAUUGGAUCAGGUAGGUACUUCAUGUAACAGACAAUUUGGAGUGCGGGCUCAGGUUCUUCGUACCGCGUGUUUUUUGUAACUUUGUCCCCCUAAUGUUCUUACAGGGCCCCUAUUUCUCAGAAGAGGGGGCCCUGGGACUCCCCAAGGCAAAAUCCUGGUGAGAACACUGAAUCAGGGAAUAAUUUCACUCGCAUUUGUCCAAAUUCUAAUAAUUUCCUGAGAAAUUAGUAGGAGUUGGACAAAAUGCAAGUGAAAUUAUUCCCUGAUUUCACGAGUAUACUUUCUUAUAACCUAUUGAUAUCAGGGGUGACAAAUAUUAUUACCCUCACAAUGGUGGGUUUUUGACAUGUUUAUUGUAUUUAUCGAAAACUCCAUACACUGAAAAGUUUAGAGCUUAAAUUUUGGCUUACAGUACGUCAGAUUUUUCAGAAUGUUUCGACAAAAUCCCUGAGUGAUAGAAUCCUUCUUGUCUUAUGACCUGACAGGAUGACAGGCUGGUGUUUGUAACACUUAGACCUUGUGUGGGUAAUUAAGACCCCAUCACCUUUUUUUAUAGUUUGAAAAUUAUUAAAUCCACAAUUGACUGUAUUUGCAGCGAGCCCGUGACCUUUUCCUUGCACUCUGGAUCCCUGACUUGUUCAUGAAGCGAUGUGAAGAAAACGGCAUGUGGUCUUUGAUGUGUCCUAAUGAGUGUCCUGGACUUCAAGACUGCUGGGGAGAAAAAUUUGAAAAACUUUAUGAAAGGUCAGCAGAGUACAAAGAAUCUUAUAGUUUUUACAAUUCUCCAAGCUUAAUGUUUUAUUCAAAGUCAUUUUUGGUGAAAAGUAGAGGCAGUAUUACAUAUGCAAGAAAAAAUUACUGCUAACAACAAACAAUAUUUUGGAGUCAUCAGGACACCAUUAUCAAGUUCAAAAUGAUAGCAUAAACUAUGAAAUUAUGAAAUAGUUCACUGAAGAUUUACAUGAUAGUUCCGAAAUGUCCUGCAAAUAGUUUGGCUCUAAUUGAGUCCCAUUGUACAUUAAGAGAUGGUGUUAGUUCUCUAGUCAGUAGUUAGAUUAUAGAGCUGAAAAGAGAAUUAUCCAUUUUCUUUUAAUUAGAGAACUGAUUAGGUUCUAUUGGAAGAAUGUUACAUUGACAGCACAUAGCUUUGCUCUGGCAGUGCCCACUGGUUCUGCAUUUCUUUUGCUUUAAGGCAACUAGGAAAUUAUAUGCUGGACUGGAUUCAUUGGGCUCCCUUCAUCUUCGAGCACUGCCUUACAGCUCUAGAAACAUUUCUAAUUCCCCACAUCUUUCUCUAUUACCUGCAUACUUUUAAAAAAGACAGCCCUGAUAGAUUUGGGGAAGUUUGUCUUCAACUUUUAUUUCUUCUCACAAACAGCUACGAGCAACAAGGAAAAUUCCGCAGGCAAGUGAAAGCUCAGAAGUUAUGGUUUGCGAUCUUAGAGGCCCAGGUGGAAACAGGAACACCAUAUAUGUUGUAUAAAGAUGCAUGCAACAGGAAGAGUAACCAACAGGUCGGUUGAAGUCCUUAGAGUGACCAACAUCAAAUCUUUCCCAACAUUAUCAAUACAUAAUCAAGUGGAGAGGUCAUAAGAAUUAAUAAUUAAAAUGAUCACCCAAGGGAAAAUCCUCUUAUUAUUCUUUAAGUUAAUGUAUAGGUAGGUAAUAAUGAUAAUUCUGUUAUCUACCCUUGGUAGAAUUUUUAGCACUAAUGCUAGUGGGGCUGUGCAAAUGCCUAGUUAAUAGGGUUAAGAAUCCCAACUGGCCUGAGGCAAACCAGCUGGCUAUUUACAAGUGUGGUCGAGGAUUUGAACUUGGGACUAACUUGAACAAAUUCAGCUAGUGGACAGGGCAGGACCUUAAAUCGGGGCCUCUGAAUUGAAAGUCCAGUGCUCUGAAAACUCAGCCACACUGCCUCCUCACCAUUGGAUAUGAGUAUGAGUAUGGGUAUCAGUUUGGAGAAUUCGAUUCUGGAAAUUGGGGCUUUAAAGGGUUGAAGACAAUGUCAGCAUCCCAUUUGUCUCAUAUUUAUUCUAUCUCAUCCUGAAAAGAUAAUUCUUUUUUAAUUCACUUAAAUUUUCCUUUUUAGAAUGUUGGAACCAUCAAAUGCAGCAAUCUCUGCACUGAAAUUGUCGAAUACAGUAGUCCUGAUGAGGUAUGUGUCACAUUUCCUGCUGAUCAUACCCUUUAACUCUUUUAGAGCGGGGGCAGGUAGGUAGGGGUAACCAUGUCUCUGAUGUGAAUAUAAAUUUUACCAUUAAUUUGUUUCAUGUAUUGAGGAGGAAUCCCUGUCCUCAUUGGUGCAGGUUUCUUUUAAAUCAUUUUUGCAGUUGCCUACUUUGCUUUUACAGUUUCAUUCCAGCUUAAAUUCAUGUUAGUUUGUCUACAUUUCAUCUGCACUUUGUCUGUCUUAAACCAGUAAUAAACAGAGCUGUAUAUAAUACAUGUAAAAACUUCAGUGUUUUCUCUAGUGGGUGUCAGGGACUGCAUAUGUACUUUAUUGAGGAUAAAUAAAUACUCAUGAGUUUAAAUCAAGUAAUAAAAAGUACUCUGAAAUGGUGUUAGCAGGCACACUGAGGCAUCAUUAUUAAGCAGAGCAUAGGGUGAUGCUAAUUUCCAUUCUCUCUCACAGGUUGCAGUUUGUAACUUGGCUUCCCUUGCACUCAAUAAAUUUGUUAUAACUGAGCAAAAUCCACCCCAAUUUGACUUCAAAAAACUCUUUGAGAUCACAAAGGUAAGCAGAUAAUGUCAAUAUAACACUGUACUUAGGUAAUUAAUUUACGUUCAAUGGAAAUCUUAUUUGAGAAAACAGCAUUGAAAAAUUCAUUAACAAGUAAUUCCCCAUCAAUAUUACAUGAAAAUAAAACAGGAGGAGAGGAAGGUCAGCAUCGCUUCCUUUUCUCAGAUCUCACGCUCAUAUCUUUUUUCAUGCCUCUGACUUGCGGGUCAUCCCUACCAAAUGCAAGCCUGGAAGUGGCUAGAAGGCAAGCACCUAGGAAUAUUGUUAAUAUCACUGAACAGGAUGCUAGUUAAUCACAGAGUUACCUCAUGGUAGUAUCCAGAUUCAUACCUUAUUCUCACUUAAUUUUGCAAGUAUUUAACUUCGUGUUUUUUUAGGGAAGGGUGAAAUAUUGGAGUAUAGCGAAAAUUGCUAAAUUGAAUACUCGUGAAAUUAAGUGAGAAUAAGGUUCACCUGGGUAAAGACAUAGACAUGGUGGAGCAAAGUUUCUUGUCUAAGGAAACAAUGUGACAACAACAAAAAAAUAAUUAAUUAAAAAAAGUAAGUUAAAACACUCCAACAACAUGGCUAAAACCUGGAACACAAAUUUUGCCCUCUUGUAAGAUGCAUUUGUUAUUAUUUGACAGGUUGUGACACGCAACUUAAACAAGAUCAUUGAUGUAAACUAUUAUCCUGUUAAAGAGGUAUGUGAACUGCUCAAUAUGGUGCUCUUUUGCAGUGUAUUUAUUUUGGCCUCUUUAAAUAUAAGUUGAUAAAUUUAACUUUGCUAUGAAUUUUUGUCUUCUGUUAAAUCAGGCUGAAAAAUCUAACAAGAGACACAGGCCAAUCGGCAUUGGAGUACAGGUAUCUACAUCAUUUGCACUUGAGUGACUUUACAUGUAACUCAACUGUUUAAAGUUUACUACUUUUUUUCCUUAGUCUUUUACUUUACCCUCAAAGUUGGUGACUCGCAAUUUUUUUUUACUCAAAUUGCAGGGAUUAGCUGAUGCCUUCAUUUUAUUGAGAUAUCCAUUUGAAAGUGCUGAAGCAAUAGAGCUGAAUAAAAAAAUAUUUGAGACAAUUUACUAUGGUGCUUUGACAGUAAGUUGAACUCAUCAUUUGGUAUUAAGCUCUUCCAAGAGGGAAAAAUGUGACAGAGAACGAAAUGCCCAGUCUAGAUCUUGGGUUAUGUGAAUUUCACAAAAAGCUAUUUUUAGACCAAUUACAUGCUUGAAUUGAUCAGAAGCUGGUUUCCAGAGAGCUCUGCAAACUUCUAUUCAGCAUGGUCAAGAGAGAAUUCAACAGUUGCCAUUACACAUAUACUCUGCAUUUUUUUUUUUUGCUUUGAGGACUUAAUUACAAUGUGUGGGAGCCCCAGGAAAUAGACUUCCGAUUAAUCACAACCUCUAAAAAUAACUUAAGUGAAAUUCACAUAUUCUGGCCAGUGCCCUACGAUUCCCUCUUCUGUGCCAUUACACAGGGUUGGCACAGUCUUGAAAAGUCCUUGAUUUUUCUUCAGUUUUGAAUGUAGUAGCCUGGAAAGAGUUUUUGUGAUGCUUUCUUGGUUGUCCAGGACAGAAUAUAAAUCAUAGCUCAGAGAAUUUAAAAGUUAUUUACAUAAAGUGCUCUAUACUUAAUGCAAUAAUAACUAUCAAUUUAAGAGAAGUGAAAUGAAAAAUGUAGAGAAGUUGGUGAAGCAAACAGUUCAUGCCUUUAAGUCUAUAUAGACUGGGAAUGUGCAUUUUUGUACAGUCUUUUGAAAUUAUAUUCCUAGCAGUUGGUCCUUGAAAAAUGGUUGCAAUUUUUUUUAUGAACCCUGAUUACACCAUCUUGGCUUUUCUGUAUCUUUAUCCUUUGUUUUUUGGCAUGCUCUGAUCUGAUUGAGUGUUUAAUUUUCUGUAGGCUUCAUGCCAGUUGGCUAAAGAAAAGGGACCGUAUGAAACUUACGAGGGAUCACCUGCAAGCCAGGGGGUAAGAAACAAAUUACUUACUGUUGACAAGAAUAGUCCUGUCAUCUGUCAGCAGAAAUCCUAGUAAUAUUAUCUAACAGAAGUAAAAUGUUUCAACAGUAAAUAUUGUGAUGUGACUGAAAAAACUUGAGCUGGUAUUGCAAUAUAAUAUUAUGUAUAUUAUUGGUAUGAGACAUUUUUAAAGAAAAAGUAAGUUUAACUGGCCUGGUUUCCUUCCUAGAUAAAUUUGUGUUGCCACUAUUCAAUGCACCUUUGUAGGAAAUUUUUUUCCCUGUCAUCCUGAAAAAAAGCAUACUGUUGCCAAAUGUAUUACUGCAUCCCCCCCCCCUCCAAUCUUACACAUUGGAGUGGGCUUACUAUUUCUGUUUAGAAGGGAUGGCAGUAUGAUGCAGAAUUAGAAAAUAGAUGACUCUGUCUCAAAGUGAGUUUAGUGGAUAUGACACGCUUGAGGAUUUAAGCAUAUAUUCUCUGUAUAUCAUGAUCCCUUGUUUCAACAUUUAAAUAUUUAUUAUUAUUAUUAUUAUUAUUAUUAUUAUUAUAGAAACUCCAGUAUGAUCUGUGGGGUGUGACUCCUACUAAUUUAUGGGACUGGGCUGCACUCAAGGCAGAAAUCAAAAGGUAUGGUUCAUUAUUACCAUUGACGUUUGUACAAGUAAUCACAUGAUUUUCUUUUGAAAUUUAGAAUAAAUAAGCACGAGUGAUUUUUUUCAGAGGCUAAGGGCGAGUGCAGUUUGUGGUCUUUUAAUAAAUUUACUUGUGCUUUUUUAUUCCAAAUUGCACAAGAAAAAUCAGUGAUUACUUAAUAAUUUUCAUGAAAAAAUUGCAUGAUGGCUUUAACAUGACAUUGAUAGAGAGGCAACACGCAUAAACUAGGUGCAAAAAUAAUUUAUUUAAAUGCUGCAAAUAUCAUCACACGUGCAGUCGAAACAACAUUAUUUUUCUCGCUGAUUUUAAAGUUUGCAAGCUGCAGCAACAGGCUGAACAGUUCAUGGAAUUGUGUAUUUUUAUCUAGGUAUGGAUUAAGAAACAGUUUGCUGGUUGCACCAAUGCCAACAGCAUCCACUGCGCAGAUUCUUGGAAAUAACGAGUCCUUUGAGCCUUACACUAGUAACAUCUAUACAAGGCGUGUACUCUCAGGAGAAUUUCAGGUAUGAUCCUUACAAUCCAAGGUGUUCAAUGAAAAAGCAAAGCAUAUCAAUCUUUGUAACGGAAUGAUAAUGGAGGAUAUAUCUAUAGCCACUUACCUUGAGUAGAAACAUUUUAGAUACCCUAGCACUAAAACUGUUCAUCAUGGAUGGUGGCUUAAUGCACAGUACUCAAGUGCUUCUCUGCAAACAUAAUAAGGAUCUUUCUAGUUCCAAGAGCUCACUUCCUGUACGUUGUGUUUUGAUUAUAGAUUGUGAACCAUCAUUUGCUGAAAGACCUGACAGAAAGGAACCUGUGGAAUGAAACAUUAAAGAAUAAAUUGAUAGCAGCCAAUGGAUCAAUCCAGGUUUGUUUAUUGACUUUACAGGAAUUAACAUCUCUCUCUGCCUUCUGUUGUAAUUAGGAUCUUACUUGGCUUAGAGAUUUUAAGGUGUGUAAUCUAUGGGUAUUAACUGUAACUUUUUUUUUUCAAGCACAUUGAAGAGAUCCCUGACGACCUAAAGGCAUUGUACAAGACAAUUUGGGAAAUAUCUCAGAGGACACUCAUAGACAUGGCUGCUGAUCGAGGAGCUUUCAUUGAUCAGAGUCAAUCCUUUAAUGUUUUCUUUGCGGAACCUACUUCAGCCAAACUAACCAGCAUGCACAUCUAUGGCUGGAAAAAGGUGAUCUUUUAAAACUUAUAUGAUCUUGUAAUUUGUGGAUUAACCCUUUAAGUGCCAAUAGUGACCAACAUGAAUUUUCUCCUAACGAUAUCCAUAGAUUGUCAAGGGCAAAGUCUAAGAGAAUUAAUAAAUGAUCACAAAGAGAAAAAUCUUUGAUCUUUUAUUAAAUUCUCUCAACUAAUUUCUUAACAAAAUGUAUGGAGAUCAGUCUGGAGAAUUUGUAUGUAGAUAUUGGGGCUUAAAGGGUUAAGGAAUACAGUUGACUAAUGAUACAUCUACAUGAAAAAGCCAACAAAUUUUGUCAAAACAACAACCAGAGCCAGUGCUGCAUGUUGUGACUCGCCUACAUUUUUUCCAUGCAGAAAUACCAUCAGAAUUCCUUAACCUCUAUAUGGCAACAACAUGGUAAAAAAUGUGAAUGUGGAGCUUUUGAUCCGGCAUGUGAAAUUAUAUCGUCUACGACCCAUUGACUCAAUCAUAGUCUGUGACAUAAUAAAUCAGUCAAGAAUUAUUCAAAACAUUGCUGCAUUAUUUAACUGCUGCCCUGUUAGUUCAAUUUGAUAACCACUACCCUACCAAGCAAGUUCCAGCACUGUUUGGACCAGCACUCGGGGUCUUUAAGCAACUGAGGAGAAAGUGCUGCCGCUUAAAUGAGUUCUGUUAACAGUUCUCGCUAGUCUUAUCAGAUAAAGACAAUAAACUGUAGGCCCCAUCUCACAAACUUAAUCUACUCUUUUUAAAACUCUUUUGUUUUCUUAAGAACCCACACUGUUGUUAAAGAGUAGGGGAUGCAGUCUUCCCCCCACUUGUGAUGGUGUUUCUCAAUUUCAUCUUAAAUUAUGGGGCAUGCAUGACUUAUUGCUUCAUUAAAUGCAACUAUGCCAUAUGCACUCAAAACAUUCCUCAGUUACACACUACCCCAUCAUAAAGACAGGUUUGACUGUAGUGUUAUUUACACUGUGGAGGCAUUAUCAUUCAAGUACAAUAUGGUUACAAGACUUGUGUGUGUUCAUUUUUGUAGGGCUUAAAGACUGGCAUGUAUUACCUACGCACCCGCCCAGCAGCUAGUGCAAUUCAAUUCACAGUGGAUCAAGAUGCACUCAAGAAGUCUGCCAAAAGUAAGAAAAACAACGAAGAUGGUCCUGCUUGUUCUCGAAAUGAUCCAAGCUGUCUGAGCUGCAGUGCUUAAAAAGCUAUGAAGAAAAAUGAUACAUCAGAUAUUGGUGUGAGCUUCUGACCUUCUUUAAAACUGCAAUUCUGUUUUCAUUGAUCAGUUAACGUAAAUUGGUUUUCCAAAAGGUAAUGGCUAUGAUGUCAGAGAUUAAGAAAGCUCAAAACCAGAGCAAGUUUAAGGCGGCAUUUCGAAAAAGAAAGAAAAAAAACAAGAAUUAUCAAAUUUGAUUUAUACUAGCAAACCAUAUAAGCAUGUUUGCAAUUUCUUAUAAUAUUGCUAAGUUAUAAAAUUACAUUGUGUACAACAUUGAGAUACUGGAAUUGACCAAAAUUAAGCUUCACACAAUCAAACUCUUACGUUUUUUUGUCAACACAAAAUAGUAACAGGCAAUUUCCAGUCAAUUGCAAGUAUUCUACUUAAAACUUAUUUUUCAAUACUUUAAAAUAUUAUGAGAUAUUUUUGUACAAGAGACAUGCAUAAGUUUUCAUAAGCUGAUAAGAGAUGAUCAACGGCAAAGUGAGGAUAAGUCAUAGUGUUUGUCAUGUAAUAUAAGCUGAAUUUAGUUUGCACAUGUACCUUCUAAAUAAUUUAUUAUCAAUGCAAAAUGUGUGUAUAUAUCGGUAUGAGUUCUCGAGCUGAUUAUGGUGUUGUAAUCUAAAAAACCAGUUUACAUGUGAAUUGUCUAUUUAUUUACAUGAUGAUUUUUCACAUAAAAGUUGUGCAAUAAUUUUAAAAAAUUGUGA